AUGAUUCCUUCGCUACCGUCCCGUCGACCCUCGAGCGGUAGGGUGUUAAUCUGGGGUUUGUGUUGUGCCUUGUUGUCAGGACAUUGCCAGGGAGACAUUGGUCAAGAUGGAAGGAUAUCUCUGUUGGUCGCAGUGCCAUUGACCCAAAACAACGAACAUGUGGACCCUGGUUGGAUGCACAUGGCCUCGGCCGUCCUGGCCAUGGAUCAUUUCAACACACGGAAUUCCAGCGUGGUACCCGAACUAAGACAGUACCGAGACUGUCCCAUUCAAUUCGACCCCCAUAAUAUCACCGUCAUGGACACGGGCACCAACAGCCACUUGGCCAUGGAGCAUCUGACACGCCUGGUGCGUCAGGGCUACGUUCCCGACGCCAUUGCCGGACCCUACAAUGAUUUGCCCGCCUUGGAACUCUCCAGCUUCGCCACGGGUCUCAAGGUACCCAUUGUCUCGCAUCGUGCCAGCAAUUACAAUCUCGUUCGUCCGGUACAGCAUCCCUAUUUUACACAACUCAAUCCCGAUCUCUACGGACAAAUGGCAUUUUUGGGGCGAUAUCUGGUGGCGUUGGAGAAUCGCUCCAAUUACAUUGCCGUCGUGCACGGCCUCGACGAUGCCACGUUGCAACGAGUGGAAAUUUUAAAAGGUGUCCUGUGGGCACAAUAUGGCAUUGACACGGUCCGGACAUUUUCCUAUCUGAGUCCGGCCACACCCAUGGAAGGAUCCUUGAACCGGGACAUUGCCACGGCACUGCAGGGUGUGAACGACAGUGGAUACCGUACCAUUAUUUGGAUGACGGCUCAUACCGAUGCCGACGUCGUGGAAAUGGGAACGGCCGCCGGCAAUUUGGGGUUGGAUCAGGGACACCAUUUGUGGGUCGUCCCGGGGGGCGUCGAAAUUACCUACUUUAUCUACAACGUUCUCUACCGAGCCGCCAAGGAGGCUGGAACGGAAGAAUCGUGGUGGAAAUUCUUGCAAGGAGCGGCCUAUUUGCGUCUCGUGGAUCGAUUUCAGGCCCUCGCCGCAAGUGGCGACGAUGCCUUCAAUCAAACCUUGCAUUCGCAGAAUGCGUCCUUUGUCCAACGAUUGAGAGAACUCAAUCCAAUUCCCAAUUACUUUGACAAAGUGUGGGAUCCACAAGUCAUGCAAUCCACCUUUCCACCCGAUGACAUCUUUCAACAAAUUACGUAUCCACUGCCGGGAAGUUCCUUCAUGUACGAUGCUGUCAUGGCCAUUGGAAUUGGGGCUUGCAACGCUGCCGCGUUGGUAUCAUCCGUGACAAACAAUGACACGACGACGAUAACCACCACCAGUAUUACUGGGGAUGCCUUGUUGGAAGGAAUCCAAUCCGCACACUUUACCGGUGCUUCCGGGGAAGUUCGAUUUCACAAUCUACAAGGCAAUCCUGGGUCGCGGAAUGGAAGCACCGUCUACUAUGGUAUCUCCAAUCUGCUGCCGUUUGGAAUUGACGUCAAUGAUACCAGUCAAUUGGCAGAAGAAUCAGCGUUCUAUCAUCCCGAUACCCGCGAGUUUGUGCACGUGAACCCCUUUUAUUACGCGGACGGAACCACCCAUCCACCACUGCCGCUGAGAAACACACCCGAUCAAAACUACCUGAGCCGAGGAAUACGAGCCGUCGGGCUUACUUUGUUUGGAAUUGCCACGGGAGCUGUCUUUGUGUCGGUGGUGUUCAUUACGGUCUAUCGCAAACACAGAAUCAUUGUCGCGUCCCAACCACCACUGCUCUACCUCUUGUGCUUGGGAUCGGCUGUACUCUCGUUGGACAUUCUUUUGUCCUCCUUUGAUGAGAGUUAUGGUUGGACGGAUGACAUGUUGGAUAAGGCAUGCUUGGCCAUUCCCUGGAUGGAUACCAUGGGCCAUUUGAUGGUCUAUUGUGCCCUCUUUACAAAGUUGUGGAGAGUCCAGAGAGUCCUUCAAUUCAAACGAAGGCAAAUCAAAGUCAGUCAAGUUAUGUGGCCUGCAGCCGUACUCAUUCUUGCGGCGAUCAUUAUCCUGGCCGUAUGGUCUGCUACUGGCGAUCACGGUUGGGAACGAACAAUCAUCGACCCCACAACAGGAGAAUCCAUCGGGAGUUGCCACAUGGGGCAAAUUGCAAUGUUUGUCAUUCCCUUGACGAUUGUCAAUUUCAUUCCAACGCUGCUUACCCUCGUCAUGGCGUGGAAGACCCACGACGUAGAUGAUUUGUAUUCAGAGUCCAAAUGGAUCUUUCCGUUGAUUCUGGUCCAGUUUCAAGUUAUCCUCGUUGGAGCUCCCGUAAUGGUGCUUCUGCAUAAUUUAUCCACGGAUGGGUAUUUCAUCGGUUCUGCCCUCAUGACAUUUACUUUUCCCAUUACCAACAUGGGCCUAAUUUGUCUUCCCAAAAUGGUGGCGGUCAUCAACGACGGCAAGUCCAGAGACUCCGUUGUGUCUAGAGGUAGCCGUGCCAACGGCAGAGUAUCGGGGUUAUCCUACAACAAUGACACAAACUACAACAUAAACGCGACAACGAACUAUGAAGUAUCGGUAGCGGAUCCUACAAAUCGGUCAUCGAAUCCCAGCGCAUGCCUUCCGAGUACUGUGGACGAUCCUGGCGCAUGGAUAAAUACAUCAGCUGACAACACUCCGCAAAGUGCACCACCGAAUGCGGCCGUACCAGUACCCUUGCCGGACACAAAGAUGCAAAUUGUCACAAUGCAUUAA